CGCUCUCGCUGCCUUUCAGCCUCUGGGACCCGCUGCGCCGUCGCCGCGCCCGGGAGAAUGGGGGAAGGGAGAGGAGGCGCGACCUGAGACGAGCCCUCACCAGGCGCUCAUUUAGUGAAAGUUGUAGCGCCACAAAAUGGCGAGAAUCUGCUGCAGUUUGUCAAAUGGGGGGGGGGUCCUACCUGGCGAGUGGCAGAGCAUGGAGGGAGAGAUACAACUCCAGUGCACACAAAAUUACCGUUGCAUGUUCUAAAACUGAGCAUUUUUUUUUACAAUGAUUAUAAUUUAAUAUUUAAGUAAGCGUUCGUGCAAAAAUGUUGCUCCCUCCCUUUCCCCAGCUGGCGGUGUGGAUUUUCACUGUUGUACCUCUGGGUACUGUGGGAUGGUGCCUGCUGCUGUUUGGUUGGACCUUCGGAAAAUCUCAGGCCAUGUUUUUUUUUAACAAUGCCAAUAGUCGGAGGCUAUAGAUUAGGGUCUUAAUUAUCAUUUGAUCCAGAAAUUUGCAGGAUGUUCAGUUUUUAUCUUCCUUUGUAAGCAAAACUUUCACAAAAAUGUGCAAAGUAGUAAAAUGCAAAUCCUGAAGCACUGGUAAAAAUUGAAAUCUUGUGAUAAAAUUAAAUUUGUAUUAUUUCUACACUAAACCAGUGACGCUAUUCUUUAAAACUUAUUGACAGCUUUCUCCCCUCUCCCCAAAGAGAAAUUGUGCAUUUUGGACCACGUAAAUAAUUGAGUUGAGUGAAUUUAAUGUGAAAGGGAUUGAUAAAAAUCCUUACAAUAUUCUUACUAAUAUGAGGAGUGGGAAGACUUAUAAAAAUGCACCAGAGCAUAUCACUGGAGGGUAAACAUACAGAGAAGAUUCAAGACCUUACAAGGGAUUUGGACAAUUAAGUGGAUUGGCUAAAGGAAUAGUGAAUGGAUUUUAGUUGGUUAUUUCUGAGAUGGCAGAAGAUGUCAUUGAGGAUGAGAUUGGUAUCGAGAGAAGCACUACAUUAUUGGGACCAGAUGCUGAUAUAACUGAGGAUUCUGAGGCAGAACGUCAAGUUUUCCAGCAAUUAGCUUGGAUAGAUGAUGGAGAAUCUGCAUUUGGAAGGAAUGACCCCAUCACUGUCAUCCCUAUCACAGUACACAUUACGGAUGACUCUGCUUCUCAGAAUCCUACAGUACAAGUGUCCCAACAAGCACAGACUCUUUCCACUGAGCCGUUCCAGCUGAUGGAUCAGAACGGACAACCUAUCCAGUAUGAGCUUCAGUCAUUGGGGGACACAAAUGCACGUAUGAUGAUUGUUACCAGUCAGUCAGAGAAUGGCCAGGUGCUUCACGUGAUCCCAUCUAACCCACCCGGUGUUGCACAGGUGCUGAUUCCGCAGGGACAGAUCCUCGAUGUCUCAGACUCGCAUGAUACAACAGAUGACAAACAGCUAAGUGAUGAGCUUCAGACAGUGACCGUAGCUGCAAUAGCAGACAACACCAGUUAUGUUUUGCACCCCCCAUCUUCAUUAACAUUGCCCAAAAAGGCUUCACUCAGAACAGUUGAAGACAAUUUUCCUGCCCCAUUGCAGCCACUGCCACACAACACCCCUGCCUGGGCUCGACGACUCCGGAGUUGUGAGAAAAUUGGAGACUCCUAUCGUGGGUACUGUGAAAGCGAAACUGAAUUGGAAAGUCUAUUAACAGUUCAUAAGCAGCAAACGCAAAGUGUCUGGGGAACACGACAGUCUCCAAGCCCUGCUAAACCUGCUACCCGGCUAAUGUGGAAGUCUCAAUAUGUACCAUAUGAUGGAAUUCCAUUCGUCAAUGCAGGAAGUAGGGCCAUUGUCAUGGAAUGUCAAUUUGGACCAAGGCGAAAAGGAGUUCAACCUAAGAAAAUAGAGCAAGAGAGCAUCUCAAAUCAGCAUUAUAAGGCAACUUGUGCUGCUCGAAUCUACAUUAAAAAAGUGCGGAAAUUCCCAGAAUACAGGGUUCCCACAGAUCCUAAGAUUGAUAAGAAGGUUAUUCGACAAGAGCAGGAAAAGGCCUUCAAUAUGUUGAAGAAGAAUGGAUUUGAUGUAGGAGGAGUUGUCAGGUGGUAUGUGCAAUUACCCACACCACAGGCUCACCAGUACCAUGAUCAAGAAGGUUCCUAUUUACCACCACCUCCGCCACCACCCCCUCCACCAUUUGUUUCUGUUGAAGAGGAAGAUGUUGGAAUGAUGGAUGAAAAUGGGAUACUGCCUUCUCGCCUGCACCCACGUGUCACUGAGAAGAUUAGAGAACUGGUUGUUCAGGGAAUUGACCAGGUCUACAUGGUCCGGAAGCAGUUAAGAAAGUUUGUGGAAAGAGAAUUAUUUAAACCAGAUGAUGUUCCUGAGAGGCACAAUCUCUCCUUCUUCCCAACUGUCAAUGAUAUCAAAAACCACAUUCAUGAAGCACAGUUAGCACUACAGAGAGGCGAGCUGGAAUACAUAUCCGGAUCGAUGACUGCAGCACUGCAAUGGACGGCUUCCAAUGGGAGUCUUCAGACAGAGACAGUGACAGUCACACUUGCAUCCACACAUGGAGGUGAGAGUACCGCAGCUGAUUCAAUCAUCACAAAGGUGGAGACAGCUCAGGUGGCAGAUACACUAUCUCCAGAAGCAACCCAACUUCCAUCUUCACUUUCAUCACUGCAACCAAAGCUUUUUGCACAAUUACAGGGCUUACAGUUACAGCCAGCCUUUGCUUCUUCUGACACAACCACAGCAGUUGUUACAUUGAACUCCCAUCAACCAAGCAUCAGCAACCCUUCUGCAGUGCUGGAUUCAAGCAGCCCCAUUGCACAGCAGCAGCAGGUUUUCAGCCAAGCUCACUUCCUGCAACUCAGCAGCUCACUGUCAGAGUGCGACUCCGCAGCUUCCACCUUGGUCGGUGUGUCAGUAUCUGAGCAGAAUAUGGUCAGCAUGGGGCAGCUGGUAACAGUAGGAACAUCUGUCAGUGGAGAUACUGGCCUUGAUGGAGGAGUUCACCAGAUCUUGCUUGGAUCUGGACAGACCAUCCCUGUACAGAUCAUGGAAACCUCAUCACAUUCUAUAGUCACACAGGAGAGCUGUAUUAGCCGAGUGAAAGAGGAAUCUGAAGAUAGGAGCCUACCUGCAGCUAGUUCCUGCAUCCCUGAGAUAGCUGGACCAGGAGACUGAAGAUUUUCGUCUACUUCAUGUAUGCAAUCAAAGAAACUGGUGGUUCCCAGUGACUAGCACCCUAGUAUGGGGAGAUUCCUGAGCAAUCAUGGAGCAUAGGGGAGACCCUGGUGGCAGACAAAGACCAGGUUGAAGCUUCCACUCCAGUAAUAGGAAUAGGUUUACCUAUUUUGCCAGGAGAGAACAUUUUCAUUUUUGUCAUAUGCAUGAACCUUCUGCUCAGCCUGCUUUGUAAGAAUGAACAGCAGGGGCAUUUGAACAUAUUAACAAAAAUUAACUGCUCAGAGCUGCUUAAAGAAAUAUUCUGUUUUAGUGGUCUACGAAAUAUGUAUCCUUGAGAUAUCAACCAACACAACGGAUCAGCACUUUGUCACCAGCUGGUAUUGAAGCCUGUUCCAGCAACAUAAGGAUUAUCAUACAUAUGGAUUUCUACUACAACGCUGCUCCUUGGUGUUAUCUAUAAAUUUUCUGGUGCUGGUACCAGAUCUACACUGACGAGAAUACAUGAAUUAAAAGCAUGCUGGAUCUGAUAAGACUAUUAUUUAUUCAGUGUUUUGGCAAUAGUGGAAAAUGUGGACUGCUUUGUACUUGGCUUUGGUGCCAGAGAUGGAGUGAGAUUUGAAGUCUCAUGGUAUCUUCAGAACUGCAGAGAAGUAGACACUCAGGAUUUUCCAAUAAACACACAGCCUGCAAAGCUUGGAAAUGCAAUUGGGUUUGAACUCUGGGCCUAAAGCCUUUGAGAAUUCAUUACCAGCAAGUAUUCUUCUGAAGCCUGACAUAUGAUGUGUAGUCACAUUGAUUUGCUGGGCUCCUGGCAGUAGCAUUCCCUAGUAUAUAUGGAAUGUUUGCUUGUGGCAUAAAGUAGCAGGAAUCUAGAGAUGCAAAGUUCCAAUUUAAAAAUUUUUAAAAAUUUCUUUAACUUAUCUUCAAAGAGAAGUACAUUGUAAUUGAAGAUUAACUCUCUAUCAGGCCCUGGACUUUUGGGAGGGGAAGGUGAGUUCUGGGAGAAAUGUACUGCUCUUACCAGUAAGCCAGUGUAAUUGUGAUUGAGAUUUUUUUUCUUUAAUGGGGUACUGGGAUCUGGAGGUCACCUCUAACCAGACCUCGUGAUUGUGAGGGCAUUAUUUCAUGUCUUACACACAGGCCUUUAAUUAGCGAUGUACAAUGUUAAGUACAACCAAGUCAGAACUAUCAUAGAAAUUUUUCACGUUUUUGGGGAUGUGGGUGUCUUUAAUGGUGAGGGGCAGAGAAUUACUACUGUACAAUCUUUUACUUCAAUUCUAUUCCACCUUUUGACUUGGAAACUUUUACCAUUGCCUGAUUAACUACAAAAUUAAAAAGAACUGAAUGUAAAAAUACAUUGUAUUUAUCUUUAAAUAUGAUUGCCUGUGGCAUUCAAAAUUGCCAGUUUUUCCUUUUUUGGGAAGCUCUAAAGACCUCCAGAACACAUGCAGUUAAAAGAACUUGAAGGAAAUGCACCUUUGAGAUGAUGUUCAAGUAGUUAAACCAACAGAACAUCCUCAGUAGAAAAUCUGUUACUCCAGUAGCGUGAAACAGAUGGAAUUACUUUAUUUCGGCCAUGGUAGGAUGAAUUCCUCUGUUGCCCUGCCUGUCCUGUAAGUAAGCUAACUGGGAACUGUCAGUACAUUCAACCGUGAUUCUAGCACAGGUGCAUACAUUGCGCUUUUCUAAUUACACAAAUCUACCUGACAUGAGCCAUUAAACAGAAGUACACUUGCUUCAGUGAAGUUUAAUCAGAGACAAUGUUUAAUACAUCAGUGUUUGUAGAAGAUUGCAAUGUUUUAUGGAAGUUACCAACAGAAGUGAAAUAAUUCAAAUAAAGCCACUUUUAAUUGUAA